GAGAUUGCGGGAAGCAUUCAUCAGCGUCGCAAAUAAGCAUGAGACAGGCAAACCACCUCGAGCAAGCGUCCGCAUAAACCGCAGUGCUCUGUAAAUCUCCGCCGUCAAUCGCACCAUAGAUCCUGACGUCGCCGCUGCGCUCUUAUUGCGGCGCCCACGGCCACUAGGGCACGAACACAUUUUAUUUCGAUGAUGGCGGCAAAGCAAGCGCGGGAAUGUAUUUUUGGUCGCACCCCCGCAUCAUAAAUACUACGCCGUCCUUUUCGCCUCUUUACCUCUCUUCCAUCGGAGACGAAAAUGGGGAGAAAGAAGAGAACCAGGGCUGCAGAAGAAGACGAGCACGAGGAGCAGGGAGUCGGAGGAAGCGCAUCCACAGCUGCAGAGAAGAGCUUGUACGAGAUUCUUGGUGUCGAGAGAACUGCAACUCAACAGGAAAUAAAGAAGGCAUACUACAGGUUGGCUUUGCGUCUCCAUCCAGACAAAAAUCCUGGUGAUGAGGAAGCCAAAGAGAAGUUCCAGCUCUUGCAAAAAGUGAUAUCUGUGCUUGGAGAUGAGGAGAAAAGGGCGAUUUAUGAUCAGACUGGUUGUGUUGAUGAUGUUGCCUUAUCUGGGGAAGCUGCUGAAAAUCUGCAGGAGUUUUUCAGAUCAAUGUUUAGACAGGUGACCGAAGCUGAUAUUGAAGAAUUUGAAGCAAACUACAGGGGAUCAGAUUCUGAGAAGAAGGAUUUGAAGGACCUCUACACUAAGUUCAAGGGAAAUAUGAACAGGCUUUUUUGUUCAAUGCUUUGUUCUGAUCCGAAGCUGGAUUCACACCGGUUCAAGGAUAUCAUCGAUGAAGCGAUAGCUGAAGGUGAACUGAGAACAACAAAAGCAUAUCAAAAAUGGGCAAAACUAGUGUCUGAAACAAAGCCACCUACAGAUCCUCUGGUUAAAAGGGGGAAGUCGAAGAAGCAGCCAUCAACCGAUCUAGUCUCCAUCAUUUCACAGCGUAGUAGCCAGAGGAAAGAUCAGUUUAACUCUAUACUCUCAUCCAUAAUGUCUAAGUACAAUGGGGAGGUUGCUUCAGAACCAACAGAAGAAGAGUUUGAGGAGGCCCGCCAAAGGCUUGAAAGCAAGCAGGCCAAAAGACGGAAACACUAGUGAAGCAAUUCUGUGGAGUCUUCUCUGGCGACAGUUCUAACUGGAACCUGGUCCUAUGUGGAGUGUUUGAUAGCCGAAGUUGAUGGUUUUCUCGCAUCUAGCAUAUCUUCUACAUACUGUCAGGAGUAAGCUGAGGUUUGAGUUGUUAUUAUAAGAUCAGUAGCCUAAAUUGAGUAAAGCACCCAACAUUUUCUUAAGCGAUAAAGAAAUACUACUAGCUAUAGUUCUACUUCUGGUAAAGAGAGGGUGCUUAUUUUGGAUGAGGCAGCUAUAGAUCCUGCUCAUGAUUCUUUUUCCUUUUGAGUUUUGACCAUUUCUUUUUUUAGGGAUAAUUAUGAGAUUACUGGACUUCCUGGAUAAUGGUCUGUAGUUACUGUUGAAAAUGCAAUGUCAGCCAGAAUACUCGACAGCUUUCUUUCCUUAACUAGUAGAGUCCUUUGUACGCUGCACAGGAAUCUCAAGGAGAUAACCUAGUGAGAAGAGCAUAUAGGAAAGUCUGAAUAAUUUGUGUGACAGUACGAAAAGAUGAACUGUUUGCACAUUUGAUAAUCUAUUUAUGCUACUAAAUUGGUGUGCA